AUGCGCUCGUUGAAGGCGCUCGUAUGUACUUCGCUGGGCAACCACGAGUUCGACGACGGCGUGGCGGGGCUGGCGCCGUUCCUGCGCGACGCGCAGUUCCCAGUGCUGGCGGCCAACAUCAACGUCAGCGCCGAGCCCUCGCUGCAGCAGCCCAAGCUCAAGCCCAUCGCCGAGUUCACCCUCGGCGGCCACAAGGUGGGCGUGAUCGGGUACGUGACGCCCGAGACGGUGAACAUCUCCUUCACGGGGAAGGUGCAGUUCGAGGACGAGGUGGCGGCCAUCCGCCGCGAGGCGCGCCACCUCAAGGCCCGCGACGUCCACAUCAUCAUCGCCCUCGGCCACUCCGGCUACGACGUGGACCUGCGCAUCGCGGAGGAGGUGGAGGACGUGGACGUGGUGGUGGGCGGCCACACCAACACCUUCCUCUACUCGGGCGACCCGCCGGACAGCGAGAACGCCACCGACCUCUACCCCACGGUGGUGACGCAGGCGUCGGGCCGCAAGGUGCCCGUGGUGCAGGCGUACGCCUACACCAAGUACAUGGGCCGCCUCAACCUCGUCUUCAACAACCAGGGCGAGCUGCGCUCCUUCGACGGCAAUCCGCUCCUGCUCAACGCCAGCAUUGAGGAAGGUCAGUCCCGCUCAAGGGCACGCACAAAAAAGGGAGAGAGGAGGCAGGCUCCAAUACCGAGCCGUAAAAGUGGAGCUGUGCUGCUCCCUAUUGGAGUCUGCCUUCUCUCUCUCUUUUUCUUGUGUGACUUUGAGAUGCUACGUUAAAAAAAGUGAUUAUACGACCCGAUUUACUUAAAGGUUUGCGUCCCGCAAGUACUUUUUGGCCGUACCCGUUCCGCAAAGUGUUACUUUGCCAUACGCGUUCUGCGAAACGCGGACAUGAAGCGCGAGCUGGAGACGUGGCGGCCGUCGGUGGAGGCGCGCACCAAGGAGGUGGUGGGGCGCUCGGACGUUCUGCUCGAGGGCGACUACCGCAAGUGCCGCACGCAGGAGUGCACCCUCGGCAACCUCGUCGCCGACGCCUACGUCAUGCACCACGCGCGCCGCCUGCCGCCGGCGGAGGGCGCGUGGACGGACGCGGCGGUGGCGCUGCAGCACGGCGGCGGGCUGCGCGCCGACGUGGACGGGCGCCUGGGGCCCGCGCACAACGUGACGGUGGGCGCGCUGCUGCUGGCGCUGCCCUUCGAGAACCGCAUGUUCCGCUGCGAGGUGGAGGGCGGCCGCCUGCGCCAGGCACUCGAGUGGGGCGUGUGGCGCUACGACCCCAUGCGCGUCGUCAACCCGGGCGCCUUCCUGCAGCUCUCCGGGCUGCGCGUGACGUACGACUUGCGGCGCGAGGCGGGGCGGCGCGUGGCCGAGGCGCUGGUGCUGUGCGCGCGGUGCGCGGUGCCCGACUGGCAGCCGCUGCAGGACGACGCCUCGUACGGCGUCAAGCAAGGGAUAAGUCAAAAUUACACCGAUCUGGAUGUGGUGAUCGAGCAUUUCCGCAAGCGAUCUCCCGUUAUGACCUACAUCGAUGGUCGAAUCGCAUUCGACCCUCCGGUGGAAGUCGUAGCGGAUGCUAUGAAGACAACGGGCGGAGCGACGACAUCAAUUCCUUCGUUCGCCAUCGGAUUUUUUGUCAUUGUGGCGCUAGUUGUCAAUACCGCGUCACGAAGUCUGUGAGUGUGCCGUAAGAUGUCUCUUUCCUCAUUCAGAGCGUUCCCCGCCGAUGAGUUACUUUUUUGUCUCUCCCAGCCCGGCGUCUACAAAGGAUGAUAGUAGACCAAGAAUUGCUAAGCGCAUUUCAAGGAGAGUGCAUUUUUUAUAAUUGAAUAAGAGAAUCAAUUUUUUCUUUCCUUUUUGAUUUUAUACUAUUUGUUGUGAAUAUGUCAACUAUAAGAGUAAAAUUAAAUCAUUUUUAGUUAGUAAGGAAUCAUUUCACCUACAAACCAAGCAGUUGUCAAUGAAAUCAAAGUUUGUGAUUGAUUUAGUGAAAGCUUAUCAAAAUUUUAUUUCUAUUUAAAUAAUUUUAGUGUUUUUAUUAGGUACAUUUUCUUGUAAAUGACGAAUUUUAAAGAAAGGAUUGUAUUGUAUUAUUUUUAUAUCGAAAACCAAAAUGAUUUUAUUUUAGAAAAAGGACUAUAAUUCUUGUAUUAUAAAUAGGUUUUCUUAUUAUUGAAUUUUUUUAAAGUAAUGACUGUCAGGAAGUUCGGCAUUUAAUGAAGUAUUAAUGAAUCCAUUCCUCAUAUCCCUUCGUAUGUUUAUGCUUUCAAUAUUUUUGUUUUCUUUCUUUCAAAUUCUAAGAUUUCAUUUUUAAUUGACAGUUACAUGUGCAGAAAACAUGUUGAUAUUUUCUUCUUCUCUUCUUUUUUUUCCAGUCUAAGGGAUUUUUUUUUUUUCAUUGAAUAAUUUCAUUUUUUUUUUUUUCUUGGCAAUUUUUUGAAAUGUUUAAAAUUUACUUAGCAUUGACCAAAAUAAACUGAAACUUCCUCAUAUUUGUAAAGUGGGAAUGAAAUAGAAGUUUCAAGUUCUUGAAAGUAUUUGAAACAUAUAGAAAAGAAAAUGUAUUACUUUGAUUGACAUUUGAUAAGCAAUUUCUUAUAUAUUGGCUAGACCAUGUGGGGAAAAUAUAUACUUUUUUUUAGUUUUCCACAAUUAUUUCUUUAGUCAUUUUUAGAAAAUUAUUUUAUAUUACUAAAAUAACUUUAUUGCCUAAUCUUCUUUUGAUUAUGAGUAAAAAAAAUAAUGGUUUUAGUUUUUAAGAGAAAGGUAGAUUUGAUAGAGGGAUUUAAUAUUUCAUUUUAGGAGGAACACUGCAUUUUUUUAUUUUAGUUCUUAUACAUAGAGCAUAUUUCCUAACCUGAAAUUGAGUACUGGUACCUAUUAUUUUUUUAAUAUGAGUUUUGGAGUAGCCUACAAUUAAUGUGGUACUGAAGAAGUUUGAUUUAAGUAUAUAAAUGUAGAAUAAAUGUAUGGCUUGGUUGCUGGAAGUAGUGAGUAUGUUGUGCUAUGAAAUAUUUUCUGUGGAAGUCUCUUUUACUUUUUAAAUUUGAAUAACAUUCUUUGAUAUGUUUUAAUGUUUUAUAACAAAGUUCUGGAUUCCAAGGGCAAAUAUUGAUGAAAACAUUUUCAAAAGUAAGUGAAACACUAGCUAAAGAACUUACAUAUAUAUGAUAUUGUGUCUAUUGUCCUUGCUGCAGUACAUUAUUAACAUGCACUACAAAAUUGGUUGUUAUUACAAUAUUUUCAAGUUCUAGAACUGAAUUGAAAAUGGAUAAUUAAUAGUUUGCGUGUUGAUUAACGAAGAGAAUACUGUAUGAUAAAUAUCACUGCUGACCAGAUUUUUCAACAAUUUUAAGUUCAUGCAUUUGUGCAUGCAAAAUAAUUAUAUUUGCAUUCAUUUUGAUAUCUUGGUUCUAUUAGGAAUUUCCUCAGAGCUUUAAGUGUUUGAGUGAAACCUUAUUGCUGAAUUUAAUAAAAAAGAUAAUUUGUUUUCAUUAAUUGAAAAGUUUAGUGGGUUGUUUUCAAUACCAGUAUGCUUUGUUGGUUGGUUAAGAAACUAAGAAUAUAUUAUUACUUGUAAUAGUAAUUAGAUUCAUUAGCCCUACAUCUUACCUUACAAAAAGCAAAAAUUACAAGUAAUUAAAAAAAGAAAAACAUCAACUGAAAUGUCUAGUCAGAAAUAAAAAGAAAAUAUCUUUAAGAUAUCUGCUAAAUGAAAUGGAAAUCUAUUUCUUGAAUAGUUCAAACUUUCUCUGCAUUUGAUGUAAUAUUCUCAUAUUUAAAAUGAAAAUGGACAAAACUUCAUUGAAGUUUCACUUUUUUUCUAAACAAGAUCAUCCUGUCACAUCAAAAAACUUUCACAAUGCCUUUAAAACCUUUAUAAUAAGCAUAUAUGAUUUUCAAAUAGGUUAAUUUCGUUGGUUUAUGUACUUAACUUUAAAAUUAAAAAUGAUUAAACAAACAAGGGACCAAUAUGUUAUACAGUCAAGCAAAAAGAUUUAUUGAUGAAAAAGUGAGCAUAAGAGUUUCAAACAUUACAUUAUUGUGAACAAGUGUGCAGUUGACUUUUACAUUUGAUUCCAAUUUAUCAAUUUAAAUAUGAAGCUCUGUAAUUUAUCUAAGUAUAUUUUUUUCACAAAUCAAAUAUUUUAUCUCACUGCUUUUCCCUGAAUCAAAACCAAAACUCUGAUUUGAGACCAUAUAUUGAAACUAGGAAUGAAUUAAUUCAUAUUCAAAACAAAAGUGACAAGUGACUCGAAACAAAAAUUAUUAACAAUAACACUCUGAAAAACAAUAUUUUCUGAAUUUUUCAAACCAAGGCAUGGAAUUACAAGACAUUUAAAAAAUAAAAGUGUUGAUUUCAUUUAUUUUUGUAAAAAUAAAAAAUGUCUGUACACCAAUAUAAACUAAAUUAAUCUCAGUUAAACAAAUCUCUUAUUUUUGGGAAUCAAUUGUAUUGUCAACUGCCUCACCUCACCAGAAUCCAGUGACAAUUUUUACUUUAUAUUAAUCACAUGUCUCAGCUGUCUUGAAGAUUAAUAUUGCAGCAUAGGCACCUUUAAUAAAUAUAUUCAAAUGGCAGAGUGUCUGUUUUGAGUGUUCUCAAAAGUAAUGAACUUCACCCAGAGAAAAAAUAAUCCACAUUUUAUUAAACAAUCAAUUAUUUUUUGGAAAUGGGAUAUGACUUUUAGGGGGCACCAUUGACAAAACAGUUUUUAUCACUGUAUCACAGUGCACAUUAUUUUGUUACUGUAUAUAUAAAAUAUAACAGCAAAGAAUUUUAUUUACUCAGAACUAAAUUUUUGCUGAAUAAUACAUAUGUGCCCAAUGUAUUGAUCAUCUUGCGAUUUUAAUAAUCACCUUUAAUAACGAAUAAACUCCUUGUUCUUGCAGUAAUGUGCUACUAUUUAAUAUCAAAUUAUUCUCUUUCUAGAUUGAAAUAAGAGUAGUUUAUACUCUACAUUAAAAUGUAAUUUCUUAUAUUUACUGAACUCAAAAGGUGCUAUACUUAGUAUACUGCAAUACUGACAGAAAAUGGCAAUGGGUGCAAGUCAUUUUUUAUGUUCUUAUACAAAAAAAAAAAAAAAAAAAAAAAAGUACAAGAAUCAACAAGAAUAAUAAAGUGAAACAUUCUUUGGACGGAUAACGUAAUGUUCACAUUACCAUUGUAGAGGCCUGUACCCUGUUGAUGAGUUGGUGAAAUACAAUGUCAAGUUGUUUUAUCAUUAUGAAUUUAUAGAGACAACACUUGAAAACAUACACACUCUGUCAUGAUGAAGAGUCAUCAUUGUUACUUUAAGCAACUGAUGUAUUGCACAAAAAAUAAAAUAUAUAAUACAAUUAACAUUUUCAUAGGAACGAAGUUUACACAACAAUCCAUAGAUAAAUUGAAUUCUUAAUUUAAGUACAAAAUUAAGUAAAAAAGAGCUUUCAUUGGUCUCUGUUAGAAAACCUGCAAAAUAUUUGUUUGCAUGAAGAAAUCACCAUGUUAUAUAUAGAAGUAUAAAUGUAAAUUAUGAAUAGUAAAAAUCUACUGGCAUUGGUAAUUAAAAAUAAAAUAUUUUUAUGCCUUAAAUACAAAAUUAAAUUGGCAUAAUAAAAUUUUAUUAUUGAUUUGUGUUAUGAAUACAAAUAUUUAUUUACAGUAUGUUUCUAUUCACUCAAUAUGCUUGUACAAGAUUUUCAAGUGCUUAAAAAAUAUUACUGAAACACAGUGAUUUCUUCCAACAUUAUUUUUAUAAGGUAGAAACUAUGUAGACUAGCACAUAGACUAUUGGCUUUAAAUGAAUAAACUUGUAAGGCACACAGUUUAAUUUCCAAGAAGAGCAAACAUUAUUAUCCUUUUCCAUGUAAGUUUAAGCUGAGCAAUAUUUUAUACUUUGAGAAGCAAUAUCAAGAAAGUUUUCAUGAAGCUCAAAACUGGAUUCUCUAACUCCAAGCAACUAAUUAAAGCAUUUUUAAAGAAAUCAUUUCAAAUUUACCAUCCACUUUGUAAUUUUUGAGAAAAUAACACAGCAUUUUUUUUUUCUGUUUAGAACACUAUUUACCCUAUGAACUUGAAUGUUUUAUUCAUGCAAAAGAAAUUACUGGAAACAUUCAUUCCUAAUAAUAAUUUAAAGGUAUGCUUCAAUUAAAUCAAAUAAAUCAACUUCAAACAGUUCAAUCAAUGCAAAUCAUCUUCAUGAUUUGUUUGAAAUAAGUGAAUGGUAAUAUUUGAAAUGUUUGAGAUUUCUUCACUAUAAGAAAUUAAUUAGAUCUAUUGCUCCUGUAACUACAAAAACUUAUAUUAUUUCAUCUUAUUUCAUAUUUUUGUUUACAGAAGAUACCUGCUACAUUCUCUACAUCAUCAUUUCUAUUCACUUUAUAUUUUAAUUUACACUUUCACCAAAUCUACAUCCAAAUAAAAUGGAAACAUUCACAUAACAACGUUUAACAACAAUUAAAAUGGGUGAGAAUUCUUAGUUCUUGGAAAGAGUAUUGAGGACAGUUAUUACUUUGAAAUAUUUUCUUUGCUAUAGAGAUAGUUCAACAAUAAAACUAUAGUCUAUAUAACACAGAUAUUUGCAUAUAUCUUUUGUGUUUCAAUCUUCACAAGAAAUUAAAUUGCAUUAUCUUUUAAAAAGUACAAACAUAUGCAGUUUGUUAUUGGACAAGAUAAUUUCCCAUUUAAAGCUGAAGUUGUCUGCCAAGAAGCUAUUUUUAUUUUACCCGAGUAAUUUCGAUUCAGAUAUAAAUAUAUUUUCAGUUUCAUAAUUUCAGUCUUGAAAACUCAAACAACCUUAUUAUUGUUGUUGAUUUAGUAUGUAUUCUAGUUCUUCUCCUAAACACAAACCAAAUCCAAAACAAAACAAAACAAAACAAAAAAUUAAUUAGGCUUUUUUUCUUAGAAGUAGAACUAUUCAUAAAUAGUACAUUCAAAUAGUAGGUGGAUAGAAAAAUGUAAUGUCAUACACUACUUAUUAUUUAAUAGAGCAUAUAAAUGUACAGGGUUUAAGAAAACAGGAAGAUUGGCACUUUAUCUCAGCAAUAGUGCAUUAGUUUUAAGAGAGAAUAUUCAUACUCGGAAGAAAUUCAGAAUUGACUAUUAAUAAGAUGACAUAUUUUCUGUUUUCAAAAUUUGCAAUGUAUUGUAUCACUAAAAACACUAAUAUUUGAAAAUGAGUUAAAAGAUCAUAUACAUUGUUAUGAUCUACUUCAUAUUGUCUACAUUAAGUUGAUUAUCAGUGUGAUUUGUUAAGGAUUCUAUAGGUCAGGACCUGGAGUGUUUACUUACAGAAAUAUAUUAUGCAUUAUAUAAUUUGUUUAGUGAAAGGAACAUCAAAGAUUUUAUAGUAACUUUUGCGGAGUUACACUGAAUGAUAGUCUUCAUAACUGUAGAUGGAAAAACGCUUUUUAAAUCUUUAUAGCACUGUUUUAAGAACAGUAGUGAUUAAAGAAAUAAAGAUAAUAUAAGGAAAAUGGAACAAAGCACUUAUAAUGACAUGAUCAAAUGGAAGUAGGAAAUGUUUUAACAAGUCACAUCUCUGGUCCAAAUACAAACAAAGUUCAAUACCCAGUAAAAUAUUUCCUUAAAUACUUUUCUUCCAGGCAGGUUCAAGAAUCUUAAUAAUAAUAAUUCAGAAACUAAUUCCAACCUCCUGACGCAUUUCAAACUUAGUUCACACAUUUUUAUUCAUACAAUCCUUUGUCAGGCACAAUACUUUUUGUACCAUGGUCAGGCACUGGUUAGAGCAUAGACCUACUGCAUUAGUUGUAACAUUAUGAUAUGCAUUUGAUUUUAUUAUGCUUAAGAGUUUAAUUACUUUUAUUUACUUAUUAGUAUAAAAUGUAAAUCCACUGAAAAGCACAAUACAUUUGACCAGCCCAGACCCUUAAAUGAUAAAUGCAUCAGUAAAUUUUAGAUAGAAUCACAUAAUUGCUAGUCUAAAUGUUGCCACUUCCAAAAUAUAUUUGGAAAUGUAUUUGGAGUUAACUCCCAAAUAUAUUGCAACUGGCCAUGAGUUAAUUUAAUUAACAAUGUCAUUAUUUUAUGACUUGGUCUUUAGUACGUAGUUUUAAUCAGUGAUGUUCAUAUGAUGAAACAACAGCAAAAUGAUGACUAUUGGCACAAUAGGAUGGUUCACCACAAUCCGCAACAAUAGAUGCAAGAGCACUUUGGCAGCAAACUACAAAAUCUAUUUGAGUAUGUUUGGAAUAUUAACACGAGACAAAACACACUGAAACCAUCUUAUUUUUCAUUACAUUUUCAUUCUCUAAGAUCCUUAUAAGGCCUUUCAAUAUUAAAAAUUGUACUUAAGUAAAAGCAUAUCUUGUAAUGUGGCAAAAAAUCAAUAUUUCUGAAAUUUAUUUAUUUAUUUCAUUGAUUUAUUUUAUUAGCAUUAACAAUUAUUUAAUUAAUUUACAUAAUAUUUACCUUACAAUUUUUCAAGUUAUUUAGUAUUAAUAUUUUCAACAUACCACCUUCAGUUGUUUUAUUAACAUGCAUUAUGUUUGAUUUUCAUUGUACAUCAAUUACAUUGGUCAAGUCAUAUUUUUUCUUCAGGAAGAAAUUUUGAUUUACUUGCCACAAACAAAAAGCAUGUAAUUACACAUAUUAUAUUUUAUUAUAUUUUUUUAAGGAUUGUGUAGUGUUCUUAGUAACUUUUGUUACAAAGCAUAUCAAGCAGAAAACUGACUACAAAAGAUGCAUAUUGGAGUAAUUAGUAUUAAGUUGUUUUUUAAACGAAUUAUUUUAAAUAUAUGUAAUAUUUGUAUCAUUUCAUUUACAAUAUAUAAUUUACUAAAUAUUAGAGGAAUACCAACUUAAAUAAAUAACUUUUAUAGCUUGACAAACUAGAAAAAAAAUCUGCACUCAUGCUUCAUGCAACAAGGGGUCUCGUUGCCUUAAUGUGCCUCGUACAACUUCUCUUUGCAGUAGUAAUGAAUGCCAGAUGAACUGCAUUAUCAUAUCAGGUACUUGGGUACUCAAGAGCAGUGAUCAGCAAUCUUUUAGAUAUUGUGAAUCAUUAAAUUCAUGAUUUAAAAUUUCGCAGACCACUAACAUAAUUGUUAAAAGAAAGUAUUAAAAAUGCAAUUUUCCAUAGAAUCAAGUUUCAUAUUAAGUUUACAAUACUUUUUUAAAAUUAUAUUUUAUUGAAAAUAAAAAAGUGUCUUGGCUCUCAAUUAUUUUUAACUUUUAUUAAAAUUUCUAGAAAAAAUAUGGUACACUUGUUCUUUGCUGACUGUUAAAAUUUAUCAUGUACUACCAGUGACCCGUGGACCACCGGUUGCUGACCACUGCUCUUGGGACAUCAAACAACCAGAAUACAAGUCACACAGAACUUGCGACCUCAAACUUUAGGAUCACACCACAACUAACAACGAUGAAUGAAAUGUCACACACUUACAAUUAUUAUCUCAAACUCUUAAAAAAUCAUGUGAAUGGACAUUUCCAGGUAAAACGUGUGAGAGGCAAUAACUUUUGAACACCCUUUUAUGAGAUACAUAGGCAUGCGCAGGGGAGGAAGGGGGCAUGAUGUUUCCCUAAAAGUUUUUAAAGUAGUCCCAUAACCUUACUUAAUAAUUAAUAAAACAUUUUAUUUGCAAAAAUAUGUGUUAAUUUCCUGAUUUCCACCAUUUUUUCACCUGACAAAUUAGGGAAUUUUUGUGAGAGUUUGGGGAAAGGGCUCUCCCAGCCAAGUGGCAACACUAUGAAAGGUUCAACAUGAAAUGAAUUGAAUUUAUUAACUGUAUCAUUUGAGUUACAAUUACAUUCUCCUUGUAGUAAGUUUUAUUUAUUUUCUUACUAGUAAAAUCUAUCAUAUUGCUUGUAGGCUGCAAUAGUGUCACAACUCAAAGAAUAAGAAUUUUGAGUUGAAGCACUCUCCAGAAUUGCAAAUUGGUCUACCUUCCUGCAGCACAUCUUACAGUACAGUAUUCCACCAACAAAUUGCAGAAAUGUGAAUGCAAGAAUGAUACAUUUCAAUUCAAGGUGAAAACUUGAAACUCAAUUAUCUCAACACCUAUUUGUGCUACUAUUGCAGCCCACAAAUGAUAUAUAAAUAAAAAAAUUAAUGAAAAAGUCUCAGAAAUAUAGUAGGCCCCCUUCUUGUUUUAGGCUGCGCACACCUAUGAUAAGGCAUUUUCCUCACUGCAUAUUCUUUGUAAACUGGGAUGAAUAAAAGCAAAGAAUGUUGGGUAUUAGCGGAAGCAAAAGUGUGCCUCUCUACAAAUCCAUACCUGCACAAACCAGAGAUAUAUUAACUUGCCAAAAAAUAGAACAAUUAUUUGAAUAUUAACAGUAGAUUCAUAUUCGCACAUGCGUCUAUAAAUACAUAUUUGAAAAUAUUUCAACUAGAAUAAAAAAAAUACAAUAAUACAUGUAAAAUAAAAAUUCUUUAGAUUUCACAGAACUACAUGGAGAUCUUGAAUAUUGCACUUCAGAACCAAGGACAAAAAUACUUCAUUAUGUAAUAACUUUAGAUUGUGUAUUAAAAUUAUAUUGCACUGUAACAGCUUGCAAUAAUUCAAUUCCAUAACUCCAGUAAGGGUAAAAUAUAUAACAUCAUUUUCUGUUCAAAAUAACUUAUCAUUUUCUAAGAUUAUUUAACUUAAAGUUAAUUUUAUAUAAAAUUCAAUUCCAAAAAGCAUUAAUUCUCAUUUUUUACCUUCAUAUACCCUAACACUCUUCAAAACCAAUGCAUGAAGCUAGAUACCAAAACAUAUUAUACACGAGGAUUUUCUUUAAAAUCAAGAAACUUGAGAUUGAAAAUACUGUUUAAAAAAUGUCAUAAAUUUAUAACACUUUAAAAAAAAACAACACUGAAUCAUAUUCUUUCAUCUAAAUUUUUCUACUGAACUUUUAAAAAUAAAAAAUGUAAACAUAUAUUUGCAUUUUGCUCUCUCUUUGCACUCUGGUUAUUAUGUUACAUAAUUUACACAUAAGGUUAACUAUCCUUGUAAAUUGUGAAAUUAUGGCCAAGCUUAGGCAAGAAAAAAUAUCCACAGUUUUCAGCUAUUCAGUAUUCAAAGCCCAGAUAUGAAUUUGUUAAUGAGUACAGAAAACAUAUUUGAAUUAGUUUAAUAUAGCAAUUCACUCAACGGUAAUAGUAAUUGCCUUGCAGAUUGAAGCAUUGUUUCAGUGUCUCCUGACAGUCACUGUACUCCUUCCAAGGCCUCUUCACUCUUGAAUCCAGCAAUUCCAAGUGUUCUACAAGUGGUGUUGCAUCUGUUAGCUCAUUUCCUUCUAGCAGUUUUGUCAAGAGCUGCAAGAAAUUCUUUGAAGAAGAGAGAAGCUUCUGUUGCAAUACCAACAGAUCAGUUUUCUCCCCACACAAUGAGCAAAUAACGGAAGUUGCAUUUUCCUCACAGAGCAGUUGACUGCAACAUUUCACACACAGGUAUCGAGGUGAAGUAGAUGGCAGGUUGGAAUAGCAGGGCCAAUCUUUUAGGCAGGGUUCGCAGCUGCAGGAGAAAUGGUAUUGGCUCUGCAGGUGAGCCUGGCGCACAGACCGAGGAUGAAGUGCAUAGUGCUGGCCAUAGUUGUCUAGCAACUGCAAACAAAUUGCAACUUUUGAAGAUUAAUUCACAUUAAGAAAUGAAGAGAUUCAAAAAAAUGUAAAAGCCAAAAACAUUGUUUUACAUAUUGAAAAAUAUCAAGGAAAGAACAUAAAUGUGAAGAAAAAAGGAAUGAAAUGGAUUGUUUCCCAAGAAAAGUAAUUAAAUACAAGACAAAGGGAGGAAGACUCUCAUGCAGACCAAGAUCAUCUUGGAAGUCUCUACAGGAAAACUUGAAAAAUUAAAAGGAACAGGCCAAAAGGCCUUAACCUUGUGUGUGCAUGAUGAUGAUGAUUGUUGGAGAUCCAGGGCAGCAAGGAGCAAGGGUUGCAAGGAAAAAUCUCGAUACAGUGGUCAAGGAUCUCAGGUUUCAAUUGAAUUGCUUGGAUGCGACGGAAUGGUACUGCAUAAAUAACACCAACUACGUUGAUGAUUAUUUAAGGUUAAUAACUUUAAUGGCAUUGUUCAAUAAAAGGGAAAAAAAGAGUUUCAAUUAUGUAAAUAUUUAAGGCCUUCCAUGUUCUUUACCACAAGUGAUUUUAAAAGAAUGUUAAAUAUAACAUGAACAGGGACAAUGACUUUACAUUUACAUUCGGUAUUAGAAGACAUGGAACUAUUCUGAUACAUUAAGAGACUGAGAAAACUCAGAAAAACAACACCAUAAAAAACUGUCAAGGUGGUAACUUUACUUAUCUAAAAAGCACAAUGAGUUAAAAAAAACAUUAAAAAAGAAAGAAAGAAAAAAAGAAGUGAUUUCUCAUAGCAGUAUUCAGAGG